CUUUCGGGUCCUCAACGUGGCACGGAUAAACAAAGAUGGCGGACUUGCCCGGAGUUUCUCUAACUUUGCAUUCGAAGUAGAAAAGCUUUAAAAAGUUAUUUUUUUCUUUUAAUUGGUGUCUUUAUGCGCGGGGGGGUCAACAUGAGCGGCUGGGCGGGUUUCUCCGACGAGGAGCUCCGGAGGAUGCAGCGGAAAGGCGCGGAGCAGAGGCCGGCUGAGAGCGGCUCCUGCCCGGCUCCGGGCCCGCGAAAGGCGGCGUCCUCCGCCCCGCGGAGCCGGCAGCAGCUGCAGAGGGAGAGGGCGCUCCAGCAGGCUGCUCAGCGGAGCCGGGCGGCCGGGGAGGAGGCGCUGCAGGCCGGGCAGCAGCUCAGCGAACCCCCGCCGGAAAGGACGAGUCCCGGAGCUCCGGAGCAGACGGCGGGUCCCGGUGCGCCCAGUCCGCGGCCGGAAGUGAAGCAGAGCCCGGCUGCAGAGAGCGAGGAGAGCCGGGAGGAGGCGCCGGAAGUGAAGGAGCUGGACAGACAGGAGGCGGAAGAGGUUCUCCGGACCCGGCUCCAGGUUCUGCAGCAGCAGCAGAGCCUGAUGGAGGAGCAGAACCGGGUCAAGAAGGACCUGCUGACCAGGACGCUGCAGCUCAAGAGCCAGCAGACCCAGGCUGAGGCGGCCAUGUUGAAAACUGUGAGGGCGGAGCUUCAGCAGCUGGAAACCAUGGCAACCAAUGACAUCAGCAUCCUGAGGGGGCGAAUCGAGGAGGCAGACUGGGAGUACAGCAAGGCCAGGAAGCGGUACGAGCGUGCAGAGGCGGAGUUUGUCUCCUCCAAGCUGGACCUGCACCGCAAGGCGGAGCUAAAGGAACAUCUGGCAGAACAUCUGUACGCCAUCAUCCAGCAGAAGGAGCUGCGCAAGGCGCGCAAGCUAGAGGAGCUAAUGCUACGGCUAGCGCUGAGGGAGGAGGAAAGAGAGGCGGGGCCUGCGGUUGAGACGCAGUUGGAAGCGGAGAACGUGGAGACUGUAAAGGAGGCGGACUUUGAAAAGGAGGCGGGGACUGAAGAGGGGGCGGGGUCCAAAAAGGAGGCGGAGUCUCCAGAACUCUGACAGACUGGAAAUGUGAACUCUUUGGUUCCA